UGUUUGGUGAUCUUUAGGUUCCAACGAUAAAGUUACUGUCCAGUAUGAGGUCCGUAAUUUCUUUAAUGCUCCUCAUGUUCCUUCACAGGUCCGGGCUCAGUGAUCACCGAGCUCCUGGCAAGCUGGGAUGAUUUCCAGCUGCUGCAGUUGACAGACUUCUACCGGGACAGGCUGGAGCAGGCGAUGGAAGGACGGGUUCACGGAGUGAGCCUGGCGUUAAAGGCUGAGAAACAGUUCAGCGGAGAGGAACAUCGGAAAAUUUCUGAUCUCGCUGAUAAGGGAGAGCGGGCGGACAGUUCUAAACUCCUCCUGAGCCUGGUGAUGGAGAAAGGCUCCCGUGCCCAGAGGGUGAUGUGGGAAACCUUUGUGAAAAUGUGGAAUGAUGUUCCAAUGUUGGACAAAAUACUGAACGAAAUACAGAUAUAUGGUUGUGAUCACUCCCAUCGAUCAAACACCGCUCAAGGUUUAAUCAAGGUUCUCAGUGAGCUGAAAGAUGUUCAACAGAAACACAAGGAGACUCUGCGGGCACAAACUGAAACACUGAGAGUGAACACGAUCCUGAUGAGGGAGAAGGUGAAGGUUUUCCACCUGGUUGAUCGAUACGCUGAGCUCAUCGUCAUUUCUGCUGUUCGAGAUCGGAGACUGGUGGAACAUGAGCUGCUGGCAAGACGCAGAGACCACGAGCGUUGGAGAGAGAAACAUCUCCACGGAGAGAUGGAAAAAAUCCAGACUGAUCAGUUAUUCCAGAGCAGCUUUUCCCGAAGUAAAUCCGAAUCUGGGAGAUCAGCAGCAGUGGCCGGAGUCGCGGGGAUUGGGAAAACAACAAUGGUACAAAAGAUUGUUUAUGACUGGGCCACGGGGAAGAUAUUCCAACAAUUCCAGUUUGUCUUUAGUUUCAAAUUCCGGGAGUUAAACUCCAUUAACUGCAGAACAAACCUGAGGGAACUGAUUCUGGAUCAGUAUCCUUACUUUGGGAAUUUCCUGAGAGAUGUCUGGAAGAACCCACAGGGAUUGUUGUUCAUAUUCGAUGGUUUGGAUGAAUUCAAACACAGAAUCUAUUUUGCAGAUAAAUGGAGAGAUACAGAACCUAAGCACCAGUGUCCAGAUCCCGAGUGCUGGUGUGAAGUGUCGGAAAUUGUGUACAGUUUAAUCCAGGGCAAGCUGCUCCCAGGGUGUUCGGUGCUGGUGACCACCCGCCCCACUGCGUUACAUUUAUUGGAAAAGGCAGAGAUCAGGGUCUGGGCAGAAAUCCUGGGAUUUGCUGGUGAGCAAUGGAAGGAAUAUUUCAUGAAGCAUUUUGAUGAUCAGACGGUGGCGGCAGCUGUUUUCAAACACGUGAAGGAGAACGAGAUCCUGUAUACCAUGAGCUACAACCCCUCCUACUGCUGGAUCCUCGCACUUGCACUCGGCCCUUUCUUCACACAAAGAGACAGGGACCCACAGCAAAUUCCCAAGACCAUCACCCAACUGUAUUCCUACUAUAUUUACAGCAUCCUGAAAAACCACAGCCGUGAGAUUGAGAACCCCCGUGAUGUGUUACUCAGGGUUGGUCAGAUGGCCUUCAGAGGAGUGUCCGAUAAGAGAACUGUGUUUACAGAUGGAGAUUUCAACAACUACAAUCUGCAGCCUUCCCAGAUCCUGUCUGGGUUCCUGAUGGAGCUUUUGGGGAGAGAGGAUUCUGCCCAGUGCGUGGUGUACACAUUCCCACACCUCACCAUCCAAGAGUUUGCAGCUGCAGUCGCACAAUUCCUGACUAUACAUCCCGAGGAUAUCCUGAAAUUCCUCACUGAAGCCCACAAUACGACAGAUGGGCGAUUCGAGGUAUUUCUCCGUUUUGUUGCUGGUCUCUCCUCCCCAUUGACAGCUCGGGGUCUGGAGGAGUUUCUGGGUCCAUUUCCUCAUGAAACAACCUGCCGGGUGAUGGACUGGGUGAAGGAGGAGGUUAAACGCCAGAGUGAAAACACAUCGAGUGAAGCUGGUAAAAGGAGGCUCCUGAACACAUUUCACUACCUGUUUGAGUCUCAGAAUCGUGAACUGACUCAGACCGCACUGGGAUCUGUGGAAGAACUUUCAUUCAGUGGAAUGACACUGAUCCCAGUUGACUGCGCGGUCCUGUCUCAUGUUGUCAGACUCUGUGAUACAAUAAAACGUCUCGACCUGUCGUACUGCCACAUUUUGUGUGAGGGAAUCCAGCAGCUGGGACCCUGGCUGCACAAGUUACAGGUAUUGAGUCUUGGACGGAAUGACCUGGGAGAUUCAGGAGUGAAACUGGUGUCUGCGGCUCUUGGGAACUCGGAGUGUAAAAUACAGACACUGAAUCUGAACCAUGUCGAACUUACAGAUUCUGGUGCUGAGGAUCUCGCCUCCGCUCUCAGUACAAACCGAUCACUGAUAGAGCUGGACCUGGGAUGGAACCCGCUCACAGACCAGUCUGUCCCCGCUCUCCGCCGGCUCAUACUGACCCACCCGAGUCUGGAGCAGAUCAUGCUGGCGGUGAAUAAUUUCAGUGGGACUGGGGAAAAUGAACUGGAGUCUCUACGGGAGUCUAGACCCGGACUGAGAGUGUACCUGUAAACGUCUGAAUGUGUGAAUAUACCCGUCCACAAGAUGGAGACAAUUUGGCCGAUAUUCCCCCCUCCCCCACUUUAACUCCCGCCCUUAUCUUUCCGCACUCCAGAAGCAAUUCGCAAGGGUUCAGAAAUGACCCUGGAUCUGCGGUGAUCUGGGACACGGCCCUGAAGUGUGAUUUGAUAAUCAUCAGUUCCGUGAUGCAGAGUGACAGUGAGAAACGGGACUGAUUAUUCAAACUGCCCCUGGUUGUCGCCGGUCAGCUAAUUGUGUGUGACUGUGAGUGAGUCGGGAGCAACUCAUUUAUUCCCGAACGUCAGCAGCUCACAAAUUGUUUAAUUUACAUUUGUCGAUGAAAUCAAUAAACCACUGUA